GAUCACCGCCGUCCGUCCCUCCGUCCCUCCGUCCCGUCCCUCCGUCCGGCCAGGAACGCCGAGCCAUGGCCCCGAUCGCUGUCGGCGACGCCAUCCCCGACGGCACGCUCGCCUACUUCGACGAGCAGGACCAGCUCCAGCAGGUCUCCGUGCACUCCCUCGCCGCCGGCAAGAAGGCCGUCCUCUUCGCCGUCCCCGGCGCCUUCACCCCGACUUGCAGUUUGAAGCACGUGCCGGGCUUCAUUGAGAACGCGGAGGUGCUGAAAUCCAAGGGCGUGGAUGAGAUUCUGUGUCUCAGCGUGAAUGACCCAUUUGUGAUGAAGGCGUGGGCGAAAACUUUCCCUGAGAACAAGCAUGUCAAGUUCUUGGCAGAUGGUUCAGCGAAAUACACCCACGCUCUUGGCCUCGAGCUUGACCUAAGCGAGAAAGGGCUCGGUACUCGCUCCAGGAGAUUUGCUCUCUUGGUCGAGGAUCUCAAGGUGAAGGCAGCCAACAUCGAAUCUGGAGGAGAGUUCACUGUCUCCAGUGCCGAUGAAAUCCUCAAUGCUCUCUGAGUUUUUUUGCCAUCCCUCGGCAACGCGGCUUCGGGAGUCUUUGAGCUUCGUGUUAGCUUUGUGUUUGUUGCCAUAUGGUGGUUUGAGUACGCGUUAAACCCGCCUUAUAGACGGUUUAUAUGUCCUGACUCUUAUGUGAUAUGGUUGUAUGGACGUUAUGGAAUAAUGGUCAGGUUCUCAUCCUCUUGUCUU